GGAACGGACCGGGAAAAGGAAGUGUGCUACACCACUGAAUGUACCCACUCCCGGCUGCCGCGGGGAAGGUGCGGCGUACUUCGUGUUCCGGCUGCCCGGGGUGGGCCUGAGCCUUUGGCUGUCCAGUGACGGGUGGAGGAGGCUGCAGGCUCUGGACCUGCUUGUUUCGGUGGCGGACUCGGCGGACUGACCUCGGCCGCUGCUCUUGCUGACCUUGGCCCAGGGUCGGAGCCGAUGGCGGCUUGGGCCGCUGUCACCUUGAGCAGGGCCGUUGCCCAGUGCUUGUGGGCGCGAGGCCCCGGCGUCCGGGUGGCUCUUCCGAGCUUCCCCCCGGCCUUCCAGCCUGAGCCCCCAGGCUGUAGCCCCUGUGGGGGCCGGACGCUGCACCUCACGGCAGAAGUCCUCGCCGGGCACAACAAGUGGUCCAAAGUCCGGCACAUCAAGGGUCCCAAGGACACCGAAAGGAGUCGCAUCUUCUCCAAGCUCAGUUUGAGCAUUCGCCUAGCGGUUAAAGAAGGAGGCCCCAACCCCGAGUUCAAUAGCAACCUGGCCAGCAUCUUAGAGGUGUGUCGCAGCAAGCACAUGCCCAAGGCGACAAUUGAGGCAGCACUGAAAAUGGAGAAAACCAAGGACAUUUAUUUGUUGUAUGAGGGCCGAGGCCCUGGUGGCUCUUCUCUUCUCAUUGAGGCGUUAUCUAACAGUAGCUCCAAGUGCCACUCGGACAUCAAACAUAUCCUGAACAAGAAUGGGGGAAUGAUGGCUGAAGGAGCUCGCCACUCCUUUGACAAAAAGGGGGUGAUCGUGGUUGGAGUGGAGGACAAAGAGAAGAAAGCUGUGAAUCUAGAGCGUGCCCUGGAGCUGGCAAUAGAAGCAGGAGCUGAGGAUGUCAAGGAAGCUGAAGAUGAAGAGGAAACGAACAUUUUUAAAUUUAUUUGUGAUGUCUCUUCACUGCAUCAAGUGAGGAAGAAGCUGGACUCCCUGGGCCUGUGUUCUGUGUCCUGUAUGCUAGAGUUCAUCCCCAACACAAAGGUGCGGCUGGCUGACCCUGACCUGGAGCAGGCUGCCCAUCUCAUCCAGGCUCUCGGCAACCACGGUGACGUGAUCCACGUCUAUGACAACAUUGAGUAGCCAGGCUGUACGUGCCCCCCGGCAGCCUAUUCUGGAGCACAAGCUUCUGCAGCGUCCUCUGAGACUCAAGUAGGUCAGGGCGGUGGGUGGUCUAGCAGGUUAGGAAGCAUAAGACCUGUAGUUUGUGGUCGGUGGAAUCCCUGCACUUUUGUGAAGCCUCUUUGGCAGCUCUGCUGGUGUCUCAGCGCCCUCCCAGGUGAGUCCCUCCACAUCCUUCUGGAUGCAGAGUGAGGCCAGUCAGCUGGUCAGAUUCUGAUCUCAGGAAGUUGGCCCUUGUGGGGAUGGUAGGUGCCCUGAGGGCCCAUGUACUAGAAAGUGCUCCUAAAUAAUAACAGUGAUUGACCUGGGUUGCUGCA